GGCUACACAGAGCGCAGUGGGGGUGGCGGAGGGCACCGUUUCCUGCGAGGUCCCGGAGGCCCAGCUGCCCGGCUGCGGAGUGAGUCGGCGCCGCUGCUGUGUGUCCCUCGCGGGUCUGGGGCCAUGGCCAGAAAGGCUGUCAAGCUUGCUUCAUGGACUAGCAUUGCUCUUGCUGCCUCUGGGGGUUACCUCUACAGCAACAAGCACUUGGACCCUAAUGACUUUGGUGCUGUCAGGGUUGGCAGAGCAGUUGCUACGACAGCUGCCAUUAGUUACGACUACCUCACCUCCCUUAGGAGUGUCCCCUAUGGCUCAGAGGAGUACUUGCAGCUUCGAUCAAAGGUGCAUCUCCGCUCUGCCAGGCGUCUCUGUGAGCUCUGCUGUGCCAACCGGGGGACCUUCAUCAAGGUGGGCCAGCACCUGGGGGCUCUGGACUACCUGCUGCCGGAGGAGUACACCAGCACACUGAAGGUGCUGCAUAGCCAGGCCCCGCAGAGCAGCAUGCAGGAGGUCCGCCAGGUCAUUCGUGAAGACCUGGGCAAGGAGCUCCACGAUUUGUUUCUGAGCUUUGAUGACACUCCUUUGGGAGCAGCCUCCCUGGCCCAGGUCCACAAGGCGGUGCUGCGUGAUGGGCGAACAGUGGCUGUGAAGGUCCAGCACCCGAAGGUGCAGGCGCAGAGCUCGAAGGACAUUCUCCUGAUGGAGGUGCUUGUCUUGGCUGUGAAGCAGCUAUUCCCAGAGUUUGAGUUUAUGUGGCUGGUGGACGAAGCUAAGAAGAACCUGCCUUUGGAGCUGGACUUCCUCAAUGAAGGGAGGAAUGCUGAGAAAGUGGCCCAAAUGCUCCAGCACUUUGACUUCCUAAAGGUCCCCCGAAUCUACUGGGAGCUGUCCACCAAGCGGGUGCUACUGAUGGAGUUUGUGGAGGGCGGGCAGGUCAACGACAAGGACUAUAUGGAGCGGAACAAGAUAGACGUCGAUGAGAUCUCCCGCCACCUGGGCAAGAUGUACAGUGAGAUGAUCUUUGUCAAUGGCUUUGUGCACUGUGACCCCCACCCAGGCAAUGUGUUGGUGCGGAAGCAUCCUGGCACAGGCAGAGCAGAGAUUAUUCUGUUGGACCAUGGACUCUACCAGGUGCUCACGGAAGCGUUCCGCCUGGAUUACUGCCACCUGUGGCAGUCUCUGAUCUGGACGGACAUGGAGAAGGUGAAGAGGUACAGCCAGUGCCUGGGAGCCGGUGAGCUCUACCCCUUGUUUGCCUGCAUGCUGACAGCCCGGUCAUGGGACUCCGUUAACAGGGGCAUCAGCCAUGCCCCAGUCACUGCCACUGAGGAUACAGAGAUCCGCAACAAUGCAGCCAACUACCUGCCCCAGAUCAGCCAGCUCCUCAACCACAUACCUCGCCAGAUGCUGCUCAUCCUCAAGACCAACGACCUGCUGCGUAGUAUCGAGGCCGCCCUGGGCACCCGUGCUAGUGCCAGCUCCUUCCUCAAUAUGUCUCGGUGUUGUAUCAGGGCGCUGGCUGAGCACAAGAAAAAGAAUACCUGUUCAUUCUUCAGAAGGACUCAGAUCUCUUUCAGCGAGGCCUUUAGUUUAUGGCAGAUCAACGUUUAUGAACUCAUUCUGCGUGUGAAGGGCCUGAGGCUGACCAGCUGGCUCUCGACCCUGCUUUGCUGGCUCUUUCCUGCUCCACACUGAGUGGGUUUGCUAUGUCCUACCCCUUUCUGGUGUUUUUUCAUAUUUCCUUCAUUCCCUGUCUCUACCCUGUGCCCUCAUUUCUGUCCUGUGGUGGUCUGCAAUCCCAGGGUCAUUGUCCACGCCCCAGGAUGCUCAACCUUUGGAACUGCUUCUCAUGCUGCAGCCCUUGUCCCAGGGCCCACACGCCAUGGAAUAGGCUUUUCUCCUUCAGGGAGAAUUUGCAGCAGCUGCUGUCACGCCCAUUCCCACUAACCACUUCUAUUGUCAGUAUAGACCAUGUAUGCUACUGAGGGCACAUUUAACUAGCAGGAAGUUUGAUUUUUUGGAGGUGAGCAUUGUCUCUGAGACUUCUGGAGGACAGGCUAUCAUUGUUAUGUCCCUUCCCAGAGGUGUCACACCUGAGGGAGGCAGUUUACCAUCUGAGGGAAGACUCUGGGCAGCUGUGUGUUCACUGCUAUCAUGGUGAUCUCUUUGGUAUUAUUCGUAUUGUAUUUCAAUAAAUCCUCUUCAACUUUCAGGGUCUGUCCAUCCUGACUCACUUGACUCCUGCCUCACCCCAGCCACAUACCCACCCUGGCCCUUGCCAAGGGUGGACAGCUCAUCUUGGUUGCUGUUUCUGUGGGAUUUUCCAGGGAGACCUAGGGGAAUAAGGCCAGGGUGGUGGGUGGUGGGAUUUCUAUUUGAGGUUGGGAGUGAAUCCACACCAGCCAGUAGUGGCUCUGAGCACUGGUUACCAAGAGGAUCUGCUCCUUGGCUCCUUGCCCUUGUAAUUCUUCCAAGCAGCAGGACUCCUUCCAUUGCGGACUGCUUUUUGGAGACUUAGCUUUCCUUCUCUGAGAACUUGAUUGGAGGUGUUAAGAAGCUCAGGGCUGAGAGGUUAGAGGCUGACUUUGUUUCCUCCCCUAGGUUCCAACCUCAUUUCCUGUGAGCUGGAUACCUGCACUGUUCUCCUAAUCAUUUCCUGACUUACCCUUCUGGUUCUUAGUUGAUGGCUCCACUUCCAUUCAGGGAUUCUACUGGGUCUUCUUAGUCCUCCGAAGGCCUUACUCCCCUUGCUGAAACAUUGGUCACUGUGGCGGGGUUUGCAUUUGGAAACCUCAGGCUGCCUAUUUGAAUUCUGUUUUCACCUAUUGCAAUGCAGGCUGCCGCUCCCCAUCUGUGUCCUCUGCCCCUGCUUCUGGGACACUCCCAAGCUCCUGCUCUAACUCCUGUGUCCGUGUGGUCUCCAGGUCCCCGAGACCCUAGUUUUAGCAGAUCCUAGCUCCCCAAACACCUGUGCUCCCAGAAGGUAAUUGUAUUUGAAUCUCUAAUCUUGCUCCACCCCAUUCACAGGGGGCAGAAAACCCUGAAUCUGAGCCUUGUUUUCUGUUCUCUUUGUUCAUAAUACAAUAAGUAGAUUUUCUAGUGAUCAGAAAUGAUUUGCCAUUCUUUUAUUCCUGAAAGAGUUACUUAUUCUUAGUGACCAGUUAGAUGUGCCCAGGGACCUGCAAGAACAAUUUGCAAGAUCUGUUAGUAAUCAUGAGGAUGCAUAGUGCAUAUUAUAUUUUAUGGUGUCUUUUAUAGCCACUGAAGUAAAUAUGAAUGCCUUCUGUUCAAGGUAAUGGUUACUUGAUUCUUACUUUUAGUGUAAUGCUUGGGUUCCUUUGCACUAGGAUCUAAAACAUCAGCGUGUUGCCAGUGAGCCCAGCACCCAGAGCAUUUAUCCAGAUAGAGCAGAGAGGCGAGGAGAGUUGGAGGUAUAGGACAGCUUGAAAGUAGGAAGGGAGUAGGCUGAUUUUUAUUGAAUGCCUUUCACAAAGCUGUCUCAUCAGCUUUCUGAGGGAGGGGUCAUUAGUCUCAUCUUAUAGACGUGGCAACCUAGGCUCAGAGAGGUUUAGUAAUUUACCUGUGGUCACACAGCUGCUGAUGUUCCCUGCUUUGCUUUUGAUUCUACAGUGCCAAGAUAAGGAUUAUACUUGCUCCUAGGGCUACCUUGUGUACUUGAGUUGUGCUUCUCUCAAAUAUGGGCCCAGCACCUAGGUGUCCUGGCUUACAGAAGAUGCUCAAUAAAUCCACAAACACUGAGAAUCCCAGCAUACUUUGAGAUUUUCAAGGAUGAUAAAAUCUGUGCAUUUGAGAAGCUACACAUGCAUUUGUCCCACAAGAGGUGAUGCUUUGCUGGCCAGGUUAAUUUUGGGAGUGUUUCUUGAUCACUGCAAGAUCAGAAAUGGUCUGUCACAGCUCUGCAGGCUGCCUGGGGCCUUCCUGCCACUGCUACAAAGCUUGUAAAAUGUAGCUAACAACAAAAGUGGCUCUAAGAGGCACCCACGCAGCCCCUGGGGAGCAGAACUGAUGGGUUUGGAAUAACCCUCAUGUGGGCAGAUGUGAAGAGAGUGAUAUCUGGGCCAAGUGAUCAGGAAAGGGGGUGGCACAAGCAGAAGCUGGGGUCUAAGCAGGGAGCUGGUGACCCAUAAGAUCUUCAUUGACAGGAGGAAUAAAACCAGAACAAAACUGGCAGAGGUGUGAUGCUUGAUGGGUUUGAGGAGAGGGCUCAUGUUUAACAGAGCGCAUACCCAGUGACCUGGUGCCAUUGGUCCUGGUCACUGUACUCCUGGUCGAGGGGAGCGGUGGGAAAGCCCCAAGCCUUAAUUCUGCAAAAGUCUUGGUAGAAGCCAAGCUUGAUAAUGACCUGUUUGGUCCAAAGGCUUCCACUCUAAUGUCCAUUUUUUCUUUUCCUCCUCCUAUUUCCUUCCCCCUUUCCUCCCUUGUUGCUUCCUUCUCUCUCUCCCCCACUCCUUCCUUCCUGUGAAGCAAAGCCUGGUAUAGAAGAGUGAGUGUGAACCCUGGGCUGCAGUUGUGAUGUCUGUUUCCUGUAGUCGGUGCCUCCUGGCCUGAUCUAGCUGCUCCUGUGAAGGCUGCAUCAGCCCAGGUCACUGUGGCCCUGGGCAGUGCUGCUGGGGCCUGAAGCCUCUUUCUCUUGUCUCUGCCUUUGGCUGCACUGUUGCACAGUUCCUCUGAUGUUUCUUCCUGUUUUUUUCUCAUAUGUGUAAGAGGGAAGGACAGAGUGUUAGGGCUAAUCAAACGGCGGCAGGAAUUCAGCCUCUUAGGCCUGCCAUUUCAGCAGCUGUGUCCUCAUCACCUCUCCUUGCACAUUUGAGUUGGGGUGGGGCUUCUCAGAUUUUCCUGUGUGAACCAAUCACCUGUGGCCUCAUUAAAGCCUGGGCCCUGCCUCUGUGAACCAGGGGCAGGGGGAACCUGAGGUUUGUAUUUCUAAUCAGAUUCUGGUUGAUGCUAAUGCUGCUGAACCAAGGAUGACACUUUGAGUUGCAAGGAUCUAGGUCAGUGGUCCUGGGGCCAGCAGCCAGGCAUUGUUUGGGAGCUGGUUAGAAAUGCUAAUUCUCAGGCUUUGAUCCCACUCACUGAACUGGAGACAGGGUGGGGCCUAUGAGUCUGUUUCCAUAAUUCUUCCAGGGGAUUCUGAUGCCCACACAUGGUUCUCAACCCUAUCUGCACCUGGAGAGCUUCAGAUGCCUGAGAUUGUGAUUUAAUUGGUUUGAAUGGAGGCCAAGCACUUAUAAAAAUUGUUUUUAUUUUAAAUAUUUUAUUCUGAAAUAAUUUUAGACUUUACAGCAGAGUUGCAAAGAUAGUACAGAGGGUUCCCACAAACCUGCCACCUACCUUUCCCUAAUUUUAACUUGUCAUGGAACCAGGGCCCUUAAUUAAUGAGAAGAAACUUGCAUUCAUACAGUCCAAGUAACUUAACUAAGCUACAGAUGUUGUUCAGAUUCGUCCUUUCUGUGUCCCAAGGUCCCAUGCAGGGCACCACCUUGCACUCCGUUGUCACAUCCUGUCAGACUCCUCUGGCCUGUGACAGCAUCUCAUACCCCAUGUCUCUCAUAACCUUGACACUGUGGGAGAGGACUGCUCAGGGAUGUUGCAGAGGAUCUCUCAUCUGGCUCUGUCUGAUGUUUCUUUGUGAAUAAACUGUGUUUAUGGUUUGGAUGAACAUGAAGGUCCAGUGCCCUUCUUGUUAUCCCCUGUCCCAGGAAGGACAUGGACAUGACUUACUGGUUGUGUUCUUUAAAGCUUCCCGGUCAGAAUGGAGACUUCUCCCUCACAAUUGCACGUCCUUCAGAGAAGGAAGGAACAUAGCUGCGGAAUUACCUCAUGCAUGGACAUCAGGUAGCGCCUCACUGAGGCUGAGAGAGGCCUGGCUACUUCCACAUUAAAAAGGUCUUGGGGGGCCUGGGAUUUAGCUCAGUGGUUGUGCUGCCUGCCUCGAAAACUCAAGGUCCUGAGUUUGAUCCCCAGUACCAAAAAAAAAAAAAAAAAAAAAA